AUGAUACUUUCCAUCCUUCGUGCUGGUGGUGCCCAACGCGGGGUAAAUCCCCUUAAAUUCUCACGAACCAUCACAACAGCAACACAGACACAGACACAGACAUCCGCUUCACGAGGCCGAGGCCCUCGAAAAGAAGGCGAUAUCUCCUCCGUCUUCGCAUCCCUUUCCGGCACCGAAGCCAUUCCCUUACCCGCUCGUUUCGCAUCCAUAAAACAAUCCCUCCUGCUCCCCCACGCCCCCGCCAUCGUCGCCUCAUGGUCUCGUCUCCUCUCCUCCCUGCGCUUGGAAAUCAACGAAAUAGCAACAGCGGGCUCAGAUAUAAUUCCUUCCAUUGACUUCGAAGAAAUCCACAAUCACUCCCGUGUCCAACCCUUUGCCAAUUCCCUAUGUAAGCGUGGCGUAGCUAUCUUAAGAGGGGUUGUGCAAGAGGAACAGGCGCUGGGAUGGAAGAGCGAGAUUAAAGAUUACUUGAUCGCGAAUCCGCAGACAAAAGCAUUUCCCAAAGAUAACGCGGCUGUUUUUGAACUUUAUUGGAGUCCGGGCCAAAUCAAGGCACGGGCGAAUGCCAAUGUGAUUGAGACGCAGAGGUUUCUCAUGAGUUUUUGGCACUCAUCUGAUCCUAAUGCGGCGGUUUGGACAGACAAGCCAGUCUCUUAUGCGGAUCGGUUGAGGAUUCGACAGCCUGGUGAUGCUGGCUUUGCGCUUGGAGCGCAUGUUGAUGGAGGGAGUGUAGAGAGAUGGGAGGCGGAUGGAUACGGGAAGGGACAUGUGUAUGACAAGGUGUUUGAGGGGAGGUGGGAGGAGUUUGAUCCGUGGGAGAGUAGUGGGCGGCUUCAGGCGGAGAGCGAUCUGUAUAACGGUGCUGGGGCAUGCUCGAUGUUCCGAAUGUUCCAGGGCUGGUUGAGUAUGAGCAAUACUAGGCCUGGGGAGGGGACUUUGCUUGUGAACCCGUUGUUCAAACUUGCUACCGCUUACUAUCUCUUGCGUCCAUUCUUCUCGCCAAAAAAUGCAAAUAGGGAGGCGAGUGGAUUUUUGGAUGAGAAGAAUUGGGAGCUAGAUAUUGAGCAGAGCUCAGUGCUACAAGGCGCUAGUUUGGGAUGCACAUUGGAAUUGAAUGAUGCUCUACAUCCUCACCUUGAGCUCAGCAAAUCUAUGAUACACGUUCCCGAGGUUAGGCCAGGAGAUUAUGUAGCCUGGCAUUGCGACUCACUCCACGCUGUGGAUAAGAUGCAUGCCGGAAAGGGAGAUAGCAGUGUUCUCUAUAUCCCCGCUUGUCCUUUGACCGAGACCAAUGCUGAAUACCUGGUCAGACAGAGGGAAGCGUUCUUGAAUGGAACUCCGGGUCCAGAUUUUCCUGGCGGGAUUGGUGAGAGCGAGCACACUGGGCGAAUGACGAGAAAAGACGUUGAGAUUGCCGGAGGAAAGCAGGCAUUGAUUGCUAUGGGACUUGGACCUUGGGAGACGGGAUCGAAAAAGGAAGAGGAACUGAUGAAAAUGGUAACAUCUAAGUGA